UCCAAUGGCGGCCCCUACGCCAAUGGCCCUGGUUACCUUUUCUCUGCCUCCUAUCUUCUUUCAUCCCUCUGUCUGUGUCCUUCUUUGCAAUGUUAUAAAGGCAAGAAGAUACUAACCAACAACCAAAGCCUGAUAUGAAGCAAAUUAAGCCAAAGGCUGCUCUGAACUCCAAAGACAUCACACACACACAUAUAUAAAUAUAGUGAAUUUUUUUCAAGGCCUCCAACACAUGAUGAUGGAAGAGUUUAAGAUUCUUUUUGUCUUUCUCAUGACUUUGCUACUUGUGCUCAAGGUCACAAUCUCGCUCUGGUGGAGACCAAGGAAAAUUGAGGGCCAUUUCUCCAACCAAGGAAUCAGAGGACCCCCUUAUCGUUUCUUCAUUGGGAAUGUGAAAGAACUCGUGGGAAUGAUGAUGAAAGCUUCCGAAAAACCCAUGCCUUUCUCUCACAACAUUCUCCCAAGAGUGCUUUCUUUCUACCACCACUGGAAGAAAAUUUACGGUGCAACAUUCCUUGUAUGGUUUGGACCCACUGUUCGAGUCACCAUCUCUGAUCCAGACCUCAUCCGGGAAAUCUUCACCUCCAAGUCAGAAUUAUAUGAGAAAAACGAAUCUCCCCCACUUGUGAAGCAGCUUGAAGGUGAUGGACUCCUUAGCCUCAAAGGAGAAAAAUGGGCUCACCACAGAAAAAUCAUCUCUCCCACCUUUCAUAUGGAAAACCUCAAAAUGUUGAUACCGAUUAUGGCAACAAGCGUGGUUGAGAUGUUGGAGAAGUGGAAGGCAAUGGCAGAGGAGAAGGGUGAGGUGGAAAUCGAAGUUUCGGAGUGUUUUCAAACCUUAACAGAAGAUGUCAUUACUAGGACAGCGUUUGGGAGCAGCUACGAAGAUGGCAAAGCCGUUUUUCGGUUACAAGCCCAACAAAUGGUCCUAGCAGCUGAUGCCUUCCAGAAAGUGUUCAUUCCAGGUUAUAGAUUCUUCCCCACGAGGAGGAAUAUAAAUUCUUGGAAACUGGACAAGGAAAUCAAGAAAUCGUUGGUGAAGAUCAUCGAACGACGAAGAAAAGAGAAUGCGUGUGGGAAAGAAGAAACAAAAAGGCCAACGGAUUUGCUGGGGCUCAUGAUUUGGGCUUCCAACAACAACAACAACACCACCUCCAAUGUGAACGUAACGGUGGAUGACAUAGUGGAAGAGUGCAAAACCUUUUUCUUCGCAGGCAAACACACCACUUCGAAUUUGCUAACGUGGACCACGAUCCUGCUCGCGAUGCAUCCGCAGUGGCAGAUACGGGCACGUGAGGAGCUCGUGAGUGUGUGCGGUGCACGUCACAUCCCCACCAAGGAGGAUCUUGCCAAGCUUAAGACACUGAGCAUGAUCGUGAACGAGUCUCUGAGGCUCUACCCUCCCACAAUCGCGACCAUUAGAAGAACAAAAGCCGACGUGGAGCUAGGGCCGUACAAGAUCCCGUGCGGGACGGAGCUCCUGAUCCCCAUCCUGGCCGUGCACCACGACCAGGCCACGUGGGGCAGCAACGCGACCGAGUUCAACCCGGGUCGCUUCUCGAACGGCGUGUCCCGCGCCGCGCGCCUCCCUUUCGCCUUCAUCCCCUUCGGCCUCGGCGCCCGCACCUGCAUCGGCCAGAACCUCGCACUUCUCCAGACCAAACUCACCCUCGCCGUCAUGGUUCGAGGUUUCAACUUCAGGCUGGCGCCGACUUAUCAACACGCGCCAACGGUUCUCAUGCUGCUCUACCCUCAAUAUGGUGCACCAAUCCGUUUCCAACCAAUACCCGCACCCACUGUGAAUUGUUACUGAUUAUUAUGCUUGCGUGUUUAUGUAGAUUAAGUGUAUAUUGGCUUGGGUUAAGGGAUCGGAAUCCCGCUCUUGGCUUUGCCUUGAGAGUUUAAGGAAAACAUAGUAGUAUGUAUGUAUUAGGUUUUAUAUCGAGAGUUUGCAUGAGUUUUUUAAAAGUUUAUAAGAUUGCCAAAAGUUAUAGGCAUACAUGGUUUUUAUGUGUCUUCAACUCAAUGUGUUAAAUAACUACUAAAAAGCCAUCA